UGACACGUGGCAAGUGGUGGGGUAUAACUAACGGUCAACUAACGGACAUUGACGGUCAACUAACGGAAAUGACAUUUGGUGAAUUUUGUUAAAACUCGGUGGCAUUUGGUGAAUUUGGAAAAGUUCGAUGGCAUUUGGUGAAUUUCGAAAUUACUCAGUGGCAUUUGGUGAAAUAGCCGUAAUUUCUAUUUGGGUUUAAUUUAAGUUUCAGAAUUAGAAAACGACGUCGUAACAUUAUUUCCAGGCUUUUAGCUUCGUACGAUAACGAUCGUACCAUUUCCAUUUCAACUUUGUUCAUCUGGAAAAAAAAAAAAAAAAAAAAAACAAAAACAACAACAACAAUGAAUGCUGCAUCCAAUUCCAGAACCGAUUUCAUUGCAGACAACGCCGGAGACAGCGAUUCCGAUACAAACUCCGACGAAAUCGCCGAUUACUACCAACCGAUCUCUUCGAUUGACGGCAACGAAGACAGCGAUUUGAAUAAUCCGAACAUCAACGGAUAUCAUGAUCCGAAUGACGCGGUUAAUCAACACCGCAGCCUAAGCAACGGCCAUGAUUACUCUGCUGCUGAAAUUGGGGUGAGAGCGCUGAAUCUGAGCGAAUAUGAGGAGGAGAGAGAAAGUGAAGUUGAAGUUGAAGAAGAGGAUGAGCAGAGAAUGGGAGUGGACUUGGAUAGUGCGAUGAGGAGAGCAAUUGAGGAAGAUGAGAGCCGGAGGAAUGCUCCGUUGUCGUCGGAGAAUGCAGUGAGAGUGAUGGAAGCUAUGCGCAGUGUUUCCUUUCCUGGAAUGCCUCCUGAUUGGGUUAGUGACUUGCCGGAGGACCGAUGGGUUCAUCAGCUCCAACGCCUCCGCCAGCCGCCCCAUUCUACUGCUUGAUUUGGCAUUGUGCAAUUAUGUUUCGAGGUUUCUGUUUGAUUUGGUUUGUAUUUUGAUCAUCUGAAUGACUAGUUGACUACAUUUUACCUUA